AUGGCAUCAGCGACAGCGACUAAAGAGCCACCAGCGGCACCGGCAAGCUCGAGCACGCUUCAAAAGGCCAAAGUCAACCUAUCGUACCUUGCUCUUGGAUCGGCAGCUAGCGUCGCGCCCAGCUCGCUCGCGACCCGCUCUUUCCUCACCACCACGAGAUAUGUCCUUCGGUAUGCCAUCCGCAGACUGAUCCGAUACGCCAAGUACGCUGCAGUGGGAGCUGUAGCGGCUCUAAUAGGCGGGUCGGUGCUUGGUACACUUGGAAGCGGGGUAGCGUUCUUUGCUGCACCAGGACUGCUGGGCGGGAUGGGAAUAGGUGUCUUGACUGCUGUAGGCAAGUUUGGCUGGAGACAUCGCGGGAACUGGUUCAGGGGAGGAUACUUUGAGGGUAUGAGACAAAGGGCGGCAGAAGGCCACGAUGGAGCAGCAGACGAACACAGCGAUGCGGGGAGUGUCGAGCGGGCUGCAAAUGCAGAGAAUAACCGGAGGAAGGAGGACGUCUGGAUGCGGGCAUAA